ACGUUUCUUUAUUAUAUCAUUAUCAAUUCAAGAAACUGAUUAUUAUGUGUAGAUGUAAUAGGUCAAAUCAUCUCUCUCCUUCUCUCUCCGCUAAAUCAUUCAAAACCUCAAAACACACCUCCAAAAUAGCCUCAACAACAUUCAGGAAACAUCUCCUAAACACUAAGCUCCAUGUUCAAAACAGCCGCCUCUAUCCUCGUAUCCAUAGCGAUAUCUUUCAGCUUGCUCUUCUCUUCUCCUCCAAAAUCCUACUAUCACUCCCUCUACAUAUCCAAAUCCCUAUCCGAAAAUGCAUCCGUAUCACACCACCUCUACAUGCUCACCCGUCGGCCCCAUGUUGCUGGAACGGAAGCCAACGCUGAGGAUGCAGAAUAUGUUCUAUCCACUUUUGCUUCUUGCAACAUUAAAUCUCAUAAAACCUCCUAUGAUGUGUCCCUGACAUAUCCUGUUUCUCGUUCCUUAACUCUAACAAACCCACCUCCAGAACAACCGAUCAUAUUCGAUCUCCAUCAGCAGAUAUAUGAUGGGGAUCCAUAUGCAGAUGUGGCAAAUGAAGUUCUACCUACCUUUCAUGCCUAUGCAAAGUCAGGAACUGUAAGUGGACCUGUGGUUUAUGUAAAUUAUGGACGAGUGGAGGACUACACUACAUUGAAAAAAAUAGGCGUGAACGUAUCCGGAACAGUUGUGUUGGCAAGGUACGGACAGAUAUAUAGAGGAGACAUGGUGCAGAAUGCAUUUGAGGCAGGUGCUAUAGGGACAGUCAUCUACACAGACAGGAAAGACUAUGGCGGUGGAGCAAGUGGAGGAUGGUUUCCGGACGCCAAGUGGAUGCCUCCAAGCGGGGUCCAGGUAGGGUCUGUUUAUGAUGGAGCUGGUGAUCCCACCACCCCUGGAUGGGCAAGUAUCCAAGGAUGUGAGAGGCUAUCAGUUGAGGAAGUAGAAAAAGAAGGGUUUGUUCCAUUGAUACCGUCUUUGCCAAUAUCAGCAUCCGACGGUGAAACAGUCAUGAGAUCAGUGGGUGGACAAGUGGCUAACGAGGAUUGGCAAGGAAGCAAAGAUGGUCCAACUUAUAGGGUUGGACCAGGGCCAGGGGUUCUAAACCUCAGUUAUACUGGGAAGCAAACUAUUGCAACAAUUCAUAAUGUUAUUGGUGUAAUAGAAGGAGCAGAAGAACCUGAUCGAUUUGUCCUUCUGGGUAAUCAUCGGGAUGCAUGGACAUUUGGAGCUGUUGAUCCCAACAGUGGCACGGCAACACUGCUAGAGGUUGCUCAAAGAUUUGAAAAGCUACAGAAAAGAGGGUGGAAACCUCGAAGAACAAUUGUCCUGUGCAAUUGGGACGCAGAGGAAUAUGGCCUGAUAGGAUCAACCGAAUGGGUAGAAGACAACAGAGAGAUGCUAGCUUCAAGGGCCGUAGCCUACUUGAAUGUUGAUUCUGCAGUGUCUGGAGCAGAAUUUCAUGGCUCUGCAACUCCUCAACUUGAUGAACUACUCAUACAGGCUACUAAACAGGUUCAAGACCCUGAUAACUCAUCACGAACCAUCUAUGAGUCAUGGGUUAGUUCCAGCGGCUCUCCUGUGAUUGAGAGAUUGGGUGGUGGAGGGUCAGAUUAUGCAGCUUUUGUGCAACAUAUCGGUGUUGCAUCAGCUGAUUUAUCUUAUGGAAGAGGGUACCCAGUAUACCACUCAAUGUACGAUGACUUCGUCUGGAUGAAGAAGUUUGGUGACCCCAUGUUUCAAAGACACAUCGCAGUGGCUAGUGUUUGGGGUUUGGUUGCUCUUCAGUUAGCAGAUGAGGAGUUUUUACCUUUUAAUUAUCUCUCCUAUGCAUAUGAGCUCCAGAAAAGUGCAAAGGACUUGGAAGAUGAGAUCUCAGAUCAGGGCAUACGCCUUGAUCCCUUAUUCAAGUCCAUUGACGAUCUAACAAAAGCAGCCACCAAAAUAUAUAAUGAGAGAAAGGCAAUAGAAGAAAGCAGAGGCUGGGGAUCAAUAUUGAAGAAAGACCAUUUAAGAGUGAGAGAACUCAAUGACAGACUGAUGAUGGCAGAACGAGCAUUUACAGACCAAGAUGGACUCUCUGGGAGGCCAUGGAAUAAGCAUUUGAUAUACGCACCCUCAAAGCAUAAUGACUAUGGAUCCAAGUCCUUUCCUGGAAUUGAUGAUGCCAUUGACAAGGCAAAGAAGCUUAAAACUCCAGAGUCAUGGCACUAUGUACAACAUGAAGUUUGGAGAGUCUCUAGAGCUGUCAGACAUGUCUCAUUAGUCCUCCGUGGUGAGCUAACAUGAAUAUGUACAAUAUAAUCACAUUAUGAAGUUCCUGUACGCUAUGCUGAGUAUGAAAUUUCACAAAGACAAUAUCGCAUAUAAUUUAGAAAUUCCACUUAAAAAGGCUGACUUGCCAAAUUUCUUUUCA